AUGCUGCCCGUCCGGGAGCAGCUCAGCCCCGGCUCGCCGCUCUCUGCUGCUGCGGGAAGAAGUUGUGCAACCAGUAAAACAGCCUCGGAGUGAGUGGAGAAAUCCUCAAACGUCACAUGAGAUUUCCCGGAACUCCGACUUCUCAAGAAAUCUCACUUUCAUUAUUUUCCUUUAUCCGCUACCUGUGACCGACGACGAGCUGGUCUGAAGCCCCAAACUUCAGACUGAACGCUGAAGCCGAGUUGUUGCUGAGUGUCAUUAUGAGAUGUUGUCUCCAAGCGCCUCCUUCGUGCAAAUCAAGUUUGAUGACAUCCACUUCUACGAGAACUGCGGCGGUGGCAGCUUCGGAAGUGUGUACCGAGCCAGGUGGAUCUCCCAGGACAAAGAGGUGGCAGUGAAAAAGCUGCUCAAGAUUGAAAACGAGGCUGAAAUCCUUAGUGUCCUCAGCCACCGAAACAUCAUCCAGUUCUAUGGUGCGAUUGUUGAGGCUCCCAACUAUGGAAUUGUCACCGAGUAUGCCAGCGGCGGAUCGUUGUAUGAUUACCUGUCCAGUGAUGAGAGUGAGGAAAUGGACAUGGGACAAAUCAUGACAUGGGCUGUAGAGAUCGCCAGAGGAAUACACUAUUUACACUCAGAAGCCCCCGUCAAGGUGAUCCACCGAGACUUAAAGUCCAGGAAUGUUGUUUUGACAGCAGACAAAGUUCUCAAGAUCUGUGAUUUUGGAGCAUCCAAGUUCCUGACCCACACAACACACAUGUCUUUGGUGGGCACGUUUCCGUGGAUGGCUCCGGAGGUGAUCCAGAGUCUGCCUGUGUCGGAGACUUGUGACACUUUCUCCUAUGGUGUGGUGCUCUGGGAAAUGAUCACCCGAGAGAUACCCUUCAAAGGCCUGGAAGGUUUACAAGUGGCCUGGCUCGUGGUGGAGAAAAACGAGAGGUUAACCAUCCCUAGUGGCUGUCCUGCCAGUAUUGCUGAGCUCUUGAGGAACUGCUGGUCAACAGAGCCAAAAGUGAGGCCACAGUUCAAGCAGAUUCUCUCAACUUUGGAGUCCAUGUCGAAUGACAGCCAACUUCCUCAACAGUGCAACUCUUUCCUUCACAACAAGGCUGAAUGGAGGUGUGAGAUUGAAGCCACACUUGAGAGACUUAAGAAGUUGGAGAGAGAUCUGAGCACCAAGGAACAGGAGCUGAAGGAGCGGGAGCGCCGUCUGAAGAUGUGGGAGCGCAAACUCAUCGAGCAGUCCAACGCCCCGCUCUUCUUACCUGUGGCACAAAAGAUAAGUGCUAAGUCGUUCUAUCAGUGUAAGACGGAGGAAUCAAACAGUUCGCAGAUGUCGUGUCAGAUCACGACCUCAGGUAACGAGGAGGUGGAUCUGCAGUCCAUGAUGAGAGGCUUUGAGGACGUGUUUUCCUUGGACUUUGGCCGGCCUGUCCUGCACUCGGGCAUGCAGGUCAACAUGCAGGCCAGGCAGAACUCCUCGGUGUCGAGCUGUGUCAGAGAAGGACACAAGAUCAACAUGACUGUUGGGAUGGGACGCCUCGCUUGGUCUGACGACAGUGAAUAAAGCCCUCCGGUGUUUGUGUCGCCACAGCUGCAUCUGUUGAACACUGUGAUCUCACUCAAUGGAAGUGCUAUUUCUUAAUCAGUUGCUUGUUAAGUCACGUUUCAAUCAUCUUUACUUUGUCCUCCGGAAACCACGUCGUAGUAUUCUAUUUCCUCUCUUUCGUCCAAGUUACAUGGAUUGAUUUGCUUUCAGAAUUUACUGAAUAUAGUACAGAAAGAUAUUAUAGAAUAUAUUUGUAACCCUCCACCUAUGGAUAUUAUGGAUGUCAUUUACUGUAUGCCUAAUGUACCGGAUGUAUAGUGCCAUGCUGUGAAGAAAAGAGCCACGUGAGCCACUUGCUUAGAGAAGGCCAGGCUUUUAUGAUGAAGUGACAUUUUGCUGACAUUAAGAUUGGCCAAUUUGUUCUGGAUGUGGUGGAGUGCAGUUGUUGAGAAGCAGUCUCUUACCAGGAUGAGAAAGUACAUGUUUUUUCCUCUGACUGACCCAGGUUCAAAACAGCAGGAGAGGGACUUUGGUGUGUGACUAUCGGCUUCAUUCUGUCAUAUUACCUUUUUUCCCUUUAAAGAGGCCAAAAAAGGACGAGACGAAAUCAGGAAAUAAUUGAUAACACGAGCAACGUUUCUGCACCAGAGGCCCCAAUCACAAGUCACAGUUUUUAACAAAGAUUUUAAUAGAAUGUGUUCCCUCUGCAGACGCAUUUUACAUACAGUAUCAAGCCAUGUGGUCUAACUGAGCCUUGAGUCCUGCACUUUACAGUGGAGAAAAUCGUAUUAGCAUUAGUGUUCGGUUAGGUAUUAUGCUUCAUCUGGGGGAAGGACAUGCUUCCUUGAGCAUAGCCCAUUCAAUUGUCCCCUUCGCUUGUUAUCAUCAGUCAGUCUCAUGAGGAUGUAAUCCUCUGUAUUCCUCUGUUGUCGCUUGUUAGCGUCCUGCCACGAGCUAAUAUUGCUAAUCAGACGCCGCCUUGUACUCCUGCGCCAUCAAGCCCCUACACACGCUAGAGUGGACAAAACAAUUAGCACGGACACUUACCAAUAUUUACAUUUUUCUUUGUGUGAAAUCCAGACACUGAAACAUUCAGCUUCCACACUUGUUAGGCAUCACAAAUUAGACGCCUUGCAGCUUCUUGAUGUGACGUAGUUUCAUCAUCUUUCACUGUUCUGUCAAUAAAUCUCUUUCAACUCCCUGCCAAGCUGUCUGACUUAGAUUGAUUUUAUUACUUCCGUAUGUGAACAAAUAGUAGGAAAAGGACAAUUGUUAAUUUGUUUGUUUAUUAGGUUUUAUUACUGCUAUUAUUACCAAAAUGUUUGUCAUAUAACACAGAAAAGAGAUACCGUUUUAAUGAGGUCAUUAAAUAUAUUGCCUCUGGUGUUUUUGUGGAGCUGCUUAUUGGGAUUUUAAAGGAGCAUUAUGUAUUUUUUGUGGAAGAGAUUUUAAUCAGAGGAGAAAAACUUAAUUGAUUGAUUUUACAUGCUUUAACAAACUGUAGAAAAUAGACAAAGUCUUAGUUUUCAUGACUGAAUAAACUGAACAAACAAAUGGACACAAUUCCAUACUGUUUCACUUUGUUUAUAUGUGGCAGACCCUGCCACCUGUUUAACUUCAAACAGUGUUCUGGGGACCUCAUUUUCUUCUGAGAACAGCUUGUUUAUUCGGUUAUGGGGAAAAAACCCAAAUAUGUCUGAAUUUGUUGCAUUAGCUUAAAAAACAUUAUUUCUGAGUUUCUUUUACAAAACCACAUAAAGCACCUUUAACUUUGUAACUGCCUGUUUUCAUGCUUUGGUCACCCAUCAUCCACUUCAGUCCACAUGGGGGCAGAAUUGUGUGAACUAAACCAAACCCAAAGUCUUUUACUUUUCAACAGAUUCCACACAUAAACAGAAAAACUCCCGCCCCGCAUUUUGAAUUUCUGAUCUAGGUAUCUCUGUCAACAGCCGCUGUGGAUCUUAAUAAAAGAAGCGUCUGUGAAACACAAUACGCUUAUGCUUGCAAAGUGAUGCUAAGUCACUCCAGUGAGAGUUUGGCAGUGUGGCGGAGUGUUUCUGAAUCUGUUUACUUCCGAGCGGCAGCACUGCAGGAGGAGGCGGAAAAAGCUGCAGGGCUGAGUGGCUUUAUGAGGCUGCACUGAAAACGUAUGGCAGCGACUGUCUAUUGAGACCGGCAUUCAGUUCAUAAUCUGAGCUGUUAUCAGACGUCGUGGGAAGAAGACAGUGAAUGGGGGGGGAUUACUCAUUCAUUUAGUCAUCUUUCCUCCAAUUUUCCAUUGCAUUAUUUCUGUCAUUACACACCAGUCUCAUGAGCACAAUGAUGAAAUCUUUAUUUUGGCUGGCAAGUUUCUGCCUGAUUACAUUUAAUGAGCAAUAAAUGAUUUAUCAUUCAAACAGAUCACGUUAGAUCAGUCAGAUGGACAUUUCGGUUUGAUAUAGACCAUUAGAGGCAAUUCGUAUUAAUCGCACGGCACAAUAACCGGAAAAGUAAUGGCUUCGGGAGACAUGGAAAACAUGCCUAUUUUCCAUUUUAAUAACAUUUACUUAAGUCUUGUGAUUUUCUGUCUAUCAUGAACACACCCAUGUUAGGUUCCCAUCCAGAUCCUGUUGCUGUUACCUCUAUUUGUCUUUUUGU